AUCUCCAUUGUCUAACCUAAUUCAAAACGUUCGUGUACUUCGUGCGGUUGUCUGGGAAACUUAAAAAGAAACUAAAACCACCUAGCAAAUAAACUCCUCGUUGAGAUUUCCACCCUCCGUUAAAACAACCCCUCCUAUCCCGCCCAAGUGAAACCAGCGGCGUUGUGGAUACAUUUUUGCCAUCGUCUGAACGUUAAAUCGAAAACUCAACUCUAACAAUAUGAUGUCCUUCAAGUCGUUCGUCUUGCUCAGCUUAUCCCUCGCUGCCAUCAGUGCCUAUGCCUACGCCCAGAUCGCCCCUGGCUCCAAUGCAUACCUCCCGCCCACCAAGAACGGCUACGAUUAUUCGGAACCCAAGACCCCAUUUAAGCCCAGCCAACCUGGCAGACCAGCUGCGCCCGGACCACGGCCACCAGCACCACCCGGCACUCCCCGCAACAUUCCCGGUCAGCCAGCCGAUGACCACGUUCACGUUCCCGGCAUGCCGUACGACUUUGAGUACGCUGUCCAGGACCCUGAGACCGCCAACGACUAUGCGCACAAGGCGUCCAGCGAUGGUGAUGUGGUGACCGGUGAGUACCGCGUCCAAAUGCCCGACGGACGAACCCAGAUUGUCCGCUAUACCGCCGACUGGAAGACGGGUUACCAUGCGGACGUUACCUACGAGGGUGAGGCCACGUACCCACAGGGUCCCCAGCCUGGAGCACGCGGUGGCGGCGGCGGUGGUGCCGGUGGGUACAAGUACUAGGCAUGGGUGGUGCUUCGACUGGGUCAGCUGGGGUCACAUAUCUUGCGAAACGUGUAAGCCUUACGAUAUACCAAUAAAAAGUAUUGAUAAACUAAA